AUGGCGGCUCCGGCUCCGCGGCCGCCCGGCCUGUGCUGCUGCCGCAAGGGGCCCCCGCCCGGGCCCGAGGCGCCGCCGGCCCCGCCGCCGCCCCCGCCCGAGCCCCCGCCGGACGUGGCCUCGGCCUCGAGCUCGCAGCUCUUCCGCCUCCGCCACCUGCACCUGGGGCUGGAGCUGCGGCCCGCGGCCCGCGCGCUGGCCGGCUGCCUGGUGCUGGAGCUCUGCGCCCUGCGGGCCCGGCCCCGCGCCCUGGUGCUGGACACGCACCCGGCCCUGCGCGUCCUCUCGGCCGGCUACCGCCGCGCCCCGGCCGGGGAGGGGCCCUGCGCCUUCGCCUUCCCCGCGGGCCCCGGGCCCCCCGGCCCCCUGCCGGCCGAGCCGCUCCUGCCCUGCGGCUCCGCCUGUGCCCUCACCCCCCUCCUGCCCGACCCCUCCACCGUCUCCUCGUCCCCCCUGUCCGCCCCUUCCACCGCCUCCACCCCGCUCUCAGCGCCUGCCAGCCCGGUGCUGACCCCUGACCCCGGGGCCCAGGCCCAGCUCGCUGCCCUCCCUUCCAGCCCCCUGGCGUGUCCCUCCCCUGACUUCCCCCCUGCGCCCGACCUGCCGCCCCCUCCCUUCCCCACCUUCCCCGACCCUUCCGCAGCCUCCUGCCCUCUCGUCUUCAGGGUAGACCCCUUCACUGACUAUGGCUCCUCCCUCACCAUCUCCCUGCCCGCUGCCCUGCAGCCUCACCAGCCCUUCCAGAUCAUCGUCCGCUACACCACCACCGACGGCCCGGCCAUCUGGUGGCUGGACCCAGAGCUAACUUGUGGCAAAGCCAAGCCGUUUGUCUUCACCCAGGGCCAUUCAGUGUGUAAUCGGUCCUUCUUUCCCUGCUUUGACACACCAGCAGUGAAAUGCACCUAUUCAGCUACAGUCAAGGCCCCCGCGGGUAUCCAAGUGUUGAUGAGUGCCACCCAAAGUACCUACCUGGAGCAGGAGGACGUAUACCAGUUUUAUAUGGAAUAUCCAGUUCCUGCCUAUCUCGUGGCUCUGGUGGCAGGGGACCUUAUCUCUGCAGACAUUGGCCCCAGGAGCAGGGUGUGGGCAGAACCUUGUCUGCUGCCAACAGCCAUCAGCAAGCUGUCUGGCAUGGUGGAGCGUUGGCUGAGUGCUGCAGAGAGCCUCUAUGGCCCUUACAUAUGGGGAAGGUAUGAUAUUGUUUUUCUUCCUCCAUCCUUCCCCAUCGUUGCUAUGGAGAACCCAUGCCUGACCUUCAUAAUCUCUUCCAUUCUGGAGAGUGACGAUUUCCUCAUCAUCGACGUCAUUCAUGAGAUUGCCCACAGCUGGUUUGGCAAUGCAGUCACCAACGCCACAUGGGAGGAGAUGUGGCUGAGCGAGGGGCUGGCCACAUAUGCACAGCGCCGGAUCACCACCGAGACCUAUGGUGCUGCCUUCACAUGCCUGGAGACUGCAUUCCGUCUUGAUGCCCUCCACAGACAGAUGAAGCUCCUUGGGGAGGACAACCCUGUUAGCAAGCUUCAGGUUAAACUGGAGCCAGGGGUGAAUCCGAGUAAUCUGAUGAACCUGUUCACCUACGAGAAAGGCUACUGCUUUGUUUACUACCUGUCCCAGCUUUGCGGAGACCCCAAACACUUCGACUCCUUCCUCAGAGCAUACAUUGAGAAAUACAAGUUCACCAGCGUUGUAGCCCAAGAUCUUUUGGAUUCCUUCCUGAAUUUUUUUCCAGAACUGAAAGAGCAAAGUGUUGACAACAAAGCAGGACUGGAGUUUGAACGUUGGCUCAAUGCUACAGGACCUCCAUUAGCUGAGCCAGACUUAUCUCAGGGAUCCAGUCUGAUCAGACCAGUGGAGACACUCUUCAAACUCUGGACCACUGAGCCUCUUGAUGCCGUUGCUGCUGCUAGCAGUGUUGACAUCACUAAAUGGAGACCGUUCCAAACUGUGCUUUUUUUGGACAGAUUGCUGGAUGGGUCACCGUUGCCUCCUGAGGUGAUAAAAAAGCUUUCAGAAUGUUACUCCUCUCAGCUGGACACCAUGAAUGCAGAGAUCCGUAUCCGCUGGUUGCAGAUCGUAGUCCGAAAUGACUAUUACCCAGAUUUUUACAAAGUCCGACACUUCUUGGAAUACCAGAUGUCUCGAAUGUACACAAUUCCGCUGUAUGAGGACAUCUGUACUGGCACCCUGAAGUCCUUUGCCUUAGAAGUUUUCUACCAGACCCAGAACCAGCUGCACCCCAACUUGCGGAAAACCAUUCAGCAGAUUUUGACACAGGGCUUGAAUCCUCUUCCCACCACAGACACUACAGCAGUUGCCACAGACACACCAACUAUGGUGCUUGAGGACAAACCCUCAGAGGCCGCUAACAGUGCCAUUUCACUCAGGGAUGUUAACGUGUCUGCUUAGAUCACCAUCUCAUGCCAGGCACGACGCUUCAAGAGCGGGACAGGAACAGAGGAGAAAUACAAGGUGUUGCCUCCUUUUCCUCAGCCCUACAGCUGCAGUCUUUUGUAACUGGAUUUUUUUAAAGUCCCCGGACACAAAGCAAAUGUGCCUUCAAGUGCCCAACCCAGUGACACGGCCAGGUUUCAGGGAUCUUUUUCAGAUGCGAGGAGGAACUACUGUGGGAUGGAUAUUUUGAUUCAUUGCAUCACGGACAGGGACUUCAUGGAGUUGUUUCCCCUCUGCAAGUGGAUAGUUCUCUUCUUCAGGGCUCUUAUGGAUGGGUUUGUUGGUGUUGAGUAAUCGGAGGUGACACACAGUACUUGCUCUCUGUGUGUAUGUGUGUGUGUGUGUGUUGCCAGGAGGGUCAAGAAGCAGGAUAAUGGGGAUUUGGGCCAGAGCUCUGUAAAGAAUAGACUUUUAAGAAUUUGAAGUGGUGGCGAACAUGUUUUCUGCUUGUGCUCCUUUCUGUGACAGAAAUGUGGGAUUUGGAAGGUGGAGAACUAAUGCUUAUAUAAUUGAGAAUCUAGUUUAAAACAGCAGAUGGAUAAAUAUGGAGAGCAUAGAAACCUCAUGGAGGAUUUAAAAUCCUCCCCAUUAACUCAACCCUACCCUCUGUGUUCCCUUUGCACUGAUUGGGAAUGACGAGCAAACAGAUUGGGAUUUUCAAAGGGGCCUAAUGGAGUUCAGUGCCCAAAUGCCAUUGAAUUUCAAUGGAAGUUGGAAACCUAAAUCCCUUAAACUCCUUUGAUAAGCCCAGCUUCAUCCCUCACUAGUUUCCUGGCAUGUAGAGCAUCUGCAUCCUUCAAAUGGCCUGUGUGUUCUUCCUACUUACUUUCCUUUGGGAAUAAUAAAUGGGACCUUUAUUUAAUUUUAAAAAAUCACCUGCGUGCACUGGACCUGCAAGACAACCAUGGAGAUGGUGACCAUGCUAAAACUCUAUUUUCUAUUUUUUUUCCCCUCCCUUGGUCUGAAUAAUAGUCUGUUAGAGGGAUGAGGGAAGCAACCUUUCUCUGGAUGCAAAACGCUGGAGCCUAAACCCCAGUUUACUCAAGUCUGCUCCGUGACUCCUAAAGGCAGUGCAGUGCCAAGGCAGCUACCCAGAGUGGUUCCCCAGGAUCGCUGGCCAGGCACACCUGACUGUUCCUAGCAAAAAGAGAGAGAGAAUCUCCACUGUCUGUUCCCCGUGGGCAAAGCAUUGUUGUGGUUGCUCAUCAGAAAUAAACACAUGGGGAAUCCUUUGGGAAUCGCUAGUGCAGCCCCAAUAAAUGACACAACACAGGCAAUACAGUGCAGAUUCUAAAGAACCUUUUCUGUACUGAAGUGUGGGCAGUCUCCAAGUGCCUCUCCGUGGGCGUCCUGCAGCUCUCUUGGAACUGAUGUAGCAUUGUAGCAAGUAAACUAGCUUGAGUAAACGGUGAACGCUUCAGAGUAGUCUCAGCUAAAGGAGAACUGAGCUGGAAGCUGCCUUUUUCGGACGAAAGGGUGUUUUUAAAAUAAGCCUGUCUGCGUUUUCUGAGAGGGGCUGUUACUAAGUGCCUGUUAGACAUGCCUGCUCUAGUGACCUCCCCAUUUAAAAAGUGAUUUCCAUGUAACAUCAUUUGUUCUGACAGACGUUUUAGCGUUGCUGUGAAGAUGUACAUAGCAUUGGCAAGGAAGGGAACUUGGGAGAUAUUACACCAAAUGAAAUCAGUUUACACCCAUGUACUGAUGGGGAUUUAGGUGCUGUUAUUGAUCUAUUUUUCUGGCCUUAAAUGAAGUUGGAUUUCACAUUCGCCUUAGCCUGGGCCAAACUGGGAUAAAGCAAUAAUGAACUCAGGCCUGCAGAGUACUACAGUCGUUUCCAAAAUGUACCGUCAGCAUUUGGGAGCUUGACAUCUCCAAGCUGUGCUCUUUGCUCUUUUAACGGGAUUAACCUUUUUUGUUCAGUGGGGUUUUCCGUACAAUUCUCUUUCCUUUUGUUCAUUGUUACCUUGUUAUGAUGAUUUAUGCAAAUUGACCUUUCCACUUCCUUUAUUGCCAUUGUUGGAACUGAGUAUCCUGGACACCACUGCCGGCAGUGACAGCCUGGCUAAAACCAGUGACCACUAGCCUCAUUUGCAGCACCAGACCUUGGUUUUACAGCAUUUUAUUUUGCGGGAGAAUGUAUAUGACCCUGGUGGAAAUUUUUUAAUUUACAUUGAUGCCUUAUGAUUAAAUAUCAAAUUAAACUAAGUUUUGUGACGUGUCUAACCUUUCUGCCUUACUGUGUCCCUGCCAGAUAUCGACGAGCUUUGUACUGUUAACUUGAGAGGAAACAAGACAAAGGAUCAUGGUUGGAAAGAGGAGUGGGGAGUAGGGUGUGUGAGAGAAAGGCACACAAUUGUGUCGGAAGUGCAGAAGUAAUCUGUGGGAAAUAGACUAAACAAGAAUUUUUCAAAUCUUAAUGUAGGGUGACUAUUUUUGUCCUUUGCGCCCAUCCGAAUGCUGUGCAAUUUUUAAUAAAAAUUGGUGGCAUAUUAUA